AUGACCAAGACACCAGCAUAUCUGCAUCGAAAUCCCGACAGUCCAGAGACCGAUUUUGUGCCACUGCAAGUGACAAUUUACAAGAAGUCAGUCGGUGGAGACCUCGAGUUUGUGACAAGGGAGUCGAAGUACAUCAAAGUCAACAUUGCCGGAGCUAGAAAACUCGAACCUCCCAUGAUUCGUAUCUUCAGACAGGUCAAUCUGACUCAUAUUGGAGGAAGUUUUGCUGUUCUACCCAAAGAUUGUAUCCACGUGGUGAAUCCCAACUUGGAAGACCUUCUAGAGGUGAAUAUUACCAAAGUAGAAGGCCCUCUUUAUGCUCAAUUAGUGAAUCUUCGAGAUCCCACUCAAGCAGUACUCAGUUUCCGUAUAGCUGAACUUCGGAAAGGUCUUAUCGCCCUUCAAUUGCUCAAUUAUGCUGAGAUGCUAGAAAAGGUAUUCACGCUGACAUUGGUUGCAAUUGAUCCAUUCAUGCAAGUAAGCGAGCCGGUAAAUUUGCGUCUGGUUAGUCGACUUCAACCAGUUUUCUCCACUCGUCUGCUUGGCUCCACUCUCGGUGUAAAACCCUUCGUAUUCCAAGUCUUCUCGCUUCCAUUGCUCUCCUACACUGGGGCAGUGAGUAUUGUUCAAAAACACAAUUUACAGGUCGUUGGAUAUAUCGACGAAUCGAUGGUGCGUUUUCAAGUCCUCGCCAACAAGGAAGAAGAGGAGUAUUUUAAGUUUUCAAAUGUGACAGGGACAGGCGGGGGUCAACUGCAAUUUAAAGGAAGGUCGCUGGUUGGGUCUGAGUCCCUAGGGGGUUACUGGACUCUCAAUGAAAUCGCUGGUCAACAAUUGGUUUACGCUCAUCCUGGAAGCCUUAAUCCAUCUGUUGAUCGAUUUAGGCUUCGUCCAAGUCUUGAUAUAGCAAAAAUUGGUGGAUAUAACCGAUUGAUUUCAAAGCAAAGAAAACGUAGAAAUGUCGGUGUCUCUGAAUCGGAAUUGGAAUUACCUGUAAGGAUUGUUCGACUCUAUGACAAAGCUAGAGAAAAUCCUCUCAAGCAAGGAGUUAAUAUCCACCUUCUCCAAGGAGAUAUUCAUUGCUUUACUUCCGAAGAACUCAUUAAUUCGGCAACUCUUGAAGCUGCUCGAGCCGAUUUCAUUGACAUGAAAUUUGACGUGAAGAGUCAUCCAACGCAGGGCCGUCUAGUGAGACGUUCGUCAUUGCUUCAAGUUGCAGGCGGAAAUUCAACAGACGAAAAUGGCAACCAUCAGUUGACUAGCGUAACUGAAAUUGACGAUAGCGCGGAAUUGAAUUCGGAAUACAACAAGAAAGGGAAUAUAAGUUCCAUUAGUCUCAUGGACCUAGAACGUGGCGAAGUCUGUUACCUUAGUGUUCGACGUGAUUCCAGGACGGAUAUCAUCGAGGUACAACAAUCCGGAGAAAGCAGAUUCCUUAAAGAAUCGAUUACGGUGAAUAUACUGCCUAAACCGAAGUAUCAGCUUACUCAACGCUCAGAUCCAACUCAACCGCACAUGGAAGUAGCCGAGAGCAACAACUUCGCUGUGCUUCAACCAACUCAUCUUCGUCAUGUGGUCCGACCAACACGCCAAUGGUUGCGCUCAUCAGCUCAUAACCUCGUUCCCAUCAUGCCAAAUUCCACUGGUCUGGUGUAUAAAGUAACAAUGCACCCAUGGUUUGUGACGCCAAAUGAGGCAAAUCUCGAUGCGGGACGAUUGGUUUCCUUGAGUGCGAUGAACGCCGCUCAGUUGGAAGGAGAUAUGGCUUUGAGGCCUGGUCUUACCAAUCUCCUACGUGAACUUGAACCUACAGGAUUGAGUGAGUUUACUCAAGCUCAAAUCGAUGCUGGUGACAUUGUUUACGUGCCCCCGACAAAGGAUAUUGGACCUAGUGAUCAAAUUGUGGAAUUCAAGUACACGGUCUCAGCCACAGGAAUACCCCCAAUGGUGGAAAAAUCCUUCCGACUGAAAGUUCUUGCAGAAGACAAUAAGAAACCCAUUUUAAAGGCAAGCUAUUCCUCAGAUGGUGAACUUGUACUAGACAAUGGGGUUUUUGAUCUUUCUGACGAGGACACAUUCUUCGAUCGUCUCCGGUUGAAACUCACCAAGGCUCCAAAGUAUGGAGGUCUAUUUGAAAUGAUACAAUUGAAGCGCGAGCCGCUUGGACUGAAUACCACAGAAAUGGAAAAUACAACUACUACGACAAGUGCUCCCUCCGUUACUCGACGAAAAAUCGUGGAAGACGAAGAAAUCCCGGCUAGUUGGAUUGUUCAAGGUCGACUGAAUUACAUUCAAGAUGGUUCAAAUGUGAAGGAAGAUGCCUUUAAGUUAACAGCCACAGAUGGUCAUCAAGACGCCGAUCCUCUUAAUCUUUCAAUUCAGAUACGUCCGCGAAUAUUGCUUGAGCCAACAUGGAACCUGUUGGUUAAUAAUAGUAUAAUCGUGGAGGAGAACUCAACGGUUACGCUGCACCCAUCAGUGUUUCCAGCACUCACACCUCCUCCAAUUGGUGGUCCAAGAUUUUUUGUUGUCGUCCCUCCAACCAAAGGCAAACUACUUCUCGACAGAAGACGAAAGACCGCACAAUUCACCACCAACGAUGUUGCAAACAGUCGAAUUUCCUACAGUCACGGUCCUGCAGAGGUUGGGACGAAGCAAAAAGUCGACUUGGUUCGAAUAUGGGACUUUAAAACUGGGAAACUAUUCUCGCUGAAUUUUACUCUCCUCCCGGUGAAUAGUCAGCCACCUCACAUUAAUGUCCUGGCACCACUUCAAGUGAAAGAAGGUGGAACAGUUGUUUUGAAUCAUCAAACAAUCACCAUUCGUGACCCAGAUACAGUUGACUCAGAAAUCAAGAUUAAAAUGGUGACCCAUCCCAAGUGGGGUCAUUUGGAGUUGCAACCUCAAAAUCUUACCUCCAUUGGAAUGACCGAUUUCGCCUUCUCCGCGGAAGAUUUGGCAUCCGGUCGAGUUUUCUACGUAAAUUCACGCCACAAGGAGGGCCUUGAGUCGGUUUCUGAUAUCUUUUCAAUUCGAGCAUACGAUGAGAAAUUCCCUUCUAGAGAAUCCACUGCGAUUCAUGUUUCCAUUCAUCCAGUUAAUGACGAGAUGCCUGCAGUUAGACUUGUCGAAUACUUCGCGGUUCCCUUGAAAGGUCGGCGUGUUCUUACACCCUAUCUCUUUAGUGUCAGUGACAAGGAUGUACCAAGAGAUAUUCUAGAAAUUUCCUUCCCAAAAUUACCCCGUUUCGGUCAUAUAACAGUCUAUUGGCAACAUGGUGAACAGUACACAAUUACCCAAGCAUCCGCACCGAUUGCGGAAAGCUACUUGGGAAUGAUGAACCUCGUCUAUAUUCAGAAUGGAAGUGUUGAGUUGCCAGCAAGAGAUAGUUUCACGGUAUCUGUGUCUGACGGUCUUCAUGUGGUAAAGAAAUCAACUCAAGUUCUUCUAAGACCUGAGAAUCGGUAUCCACCGGAGCUACGUAUAACAAGUGAAGGCGGUUUAGUUCUGGAAGGCCUGGCUUGGCGGCAGCUCACCUCUGUACUUUACGUUUCUGAUCCUGAUACUUCACCAGAAGAUCUUGCCAUUAUUAUAGUGAGGGCUCCAAAGUUGGGACAAGUUGAACGUUUACAGCGACAAGAUGUCACUGGAAUACCUGCUAAUGAAGACUUGAUCGAAGCUGCAAUGGAAAAAUACGAAGCGGAAAUAGGAGAGGAGAGGAAAGAUGCAAAGAAUCUUAGGGAGGGGGAUCGAUUUACUAAGCGGCAACUGGACACUGGUAGAAUCUACUACACUUAUACGGGUGAAUAUACAUCAACUUACGUCUAUGAUUCCAUAACAUUAUCUGUUACUGAUGGUCAAUUUGAAAGUGGGUCAAUUGACUUACCAAUAAGAAUAAGAGCCACUAAAGGAAGGGCCAAUCCUAUGGUUCAAUCACAAUCUUCUCUUAAUGCUGAAGUACUUGAUCGAAGUAGAUCAGAUACAGAUGCCCUCCUCUCUGAUGCAGCCUACGAACCUCGUGAGGUCAAGGAGCAAACAACAAAAUCAGCCACUAUCUACACGGACGAUUUUAAGGUAACUGUGGCAGAUGCGGUUGAGAUUGAAGUUGGCGAGCACAAAACGUUGAUGGCUGGGGAGCAUAUUCGAAUAGAACCGAUUAGAUCAACUGGAGACUUUGCAGAAACGGUGGCUAGUGCACAUUUUCAGCAUCUAGAAUCCGAAACGAGUAGAAGGGAAUGUGUUCUGCUAGUAAGAUCAAACACAACCUCGAAUUACUCGCUGACAGGCUUUACAUACAAGGAUAUUACCAAUGAACUUGUUAUGCUUAGUGCGGAAUCUUGUCUGAACAAAUCUCCAAAGCAAACAGUUAUUAAUCUUCUUCUUACUAUUCCUUCUCAAAUGCCAAUUUCUAUUAAGCUUCCGAUUAAGCUAACGGGGGAGUUAGACAAUUUUCCACGUCCCGUGAUUGCUAUUGGUCAACCUCUCACUGUUAUAACUGAUUCCGACACACCGAUUACUCUGUCUCACAUUCAACUUACUAACUCUGACAUGGAUCCAACGAAAGUCUACCUUUAUACGAAAUCUGGAACCCUUCAUUGGAAAUACGACUGCAAUUCAGUAGUUAAAGUUUUCUCCUUCUAUAACAUAAUUCACGAUGAUAUUGUCUACCAUAAUCACAACGGGGAUCUUAAUCCAAUUGAACUUCUUGUAAUUAAUUUGAAUCACCUCGAAUUUGAUUUUAACUCCGAUCACGUCCAACGCUUCGUAGAGUCCAUUAUUUUAUCAGAAUCGAGUCCAUUGAUGCAGUACAUUCGCUAUGAUAAUCCAGAUCGCAUAACAGCUGAACCUCUAUCCCUGCAGAUAAAUGGUGAUGAACUCUACUCAUACGUCAGCAGCACAGAGAAGAUUUUUUCAAGGGCCCCAAGUGCGGAGGAGCUCACACGAGUGCGCUCUGGAGAAAUGGGAUUUUUCUUAACACCUAAACACCUUCUGUCUUUCCAACUUACCACUACUUACCUUCUUGAUCCACGGAUGCAUGACAGACGAAUCAUAAUCAACAUGAAAACAGGCGAAACCGUUACACGUUUUACGCAAGAAGAUAUUAACAGACUUCGAUUGGCUCUUGUGGUCUACUCAAAUCCGCUUCAAACGAAAAUUACUCCCGUUGGUAUUCAAAAAACUCGCAUGGAAAUUGGUUUCGAUGUGGGAAUAAUACCCACUAUCUCUGGCUCCAACUAUCCUGAAAAUAUAACGCUUUAUGGACCGGGGUCUUCCCACACAAUGAAGGCCUUAAUCAGAAAAGAAUUCCCGACCUCAAUGUGCAACGAAAUUAAAGCUCGAAGAGAAUUCAAGACCUCAAGUUUAGACUACGUAUCGGACAGUCCACACAAUGAAGGCCUUAAUCAGGAGAGAAUUCAUGUGUGCAACGAAAUUAAAGCUCGAAUUCCAGACCUCAAGGUUCAACGAACUCAAAGCUCGAACAACAGAGAAACAGUGGACAGUGGCACUCUCCGACAUAGCCGACUAGCCAAGAAUCAGAAACAACUUAGCGUCUACUGGGCUCAGGUUGGUUUCGACAGAAAACGCUACCGAAUUUGUCCCAAGUCGGGGGUUCUUGACCUUCCAUUAGUACGUCGUGGAGCUCUGAAACAUCGAGUAGAAGUUUACGUUGGUCUUGACGCCACAUCGAAACGUGACGGUCUAGAAGUGGAACUACUUUCACCAAAGUUGGUCACUUUUGAAGCAGAUGAAAUCCUCAAGCACGUUAGGAUCCGUGUAAGCAUGAAUGAGGAGUUAGAUGCCGAAAAAUCCUCCUUCUCCGUUGCUGUCAAGGCGCCGUCUGCAGCUGUUCUGGAUACAAAUAGCGAAGCUAUCGUCAUUAUAAAUCAUAAAGUCAAAUGCCACACACUACCCUACUUUACCGUAUUUAAUGCCUCAGAAACGGGUGGAGAAAGAAGUGGUCAAGACAGGAGGAGCAAUCGAAUGUCUCUGCAGGAUUGGCUGGUCUCCAACUCCAUUCCAGAUUCAAAUGCUCUGAACAAAGCCUAUCUGAAGUCGAUGCGUCGACGAAAACGUAUUCUCACUUAUAAUUGUGAUCCAGGUUGGACGCUUUAUGAAAGCCGAUGCUAUCGUAUGUACCAAAAUGCAAACAAAACUUGGCUUGAGGCUCGUGAUCAUUGUGAAGCCGAGCACGGUUACUUAGCAAGUAUUCCAGACACAGCCACAAGUAAUUGGAUGAAGUCCCUUCUCAACCCUCAUACGAAGUCAUUUUGGAUCGGACUACACAAGCCGGUGAUGAAUGGUGGGUGGAUUUGGCACAGCAUGGAACAAACAAGUUUCACGAAUUGGGAUUCAGGAUUUCCCAGGCGACAAAGAGGUAAACGAUCAUUAAAGGCGAGGCGUCGACGUCUAUUCCGAAGACAAUCUUCACCUGCACGAAAGCUGCAUCGAGUACCUAUUACAACUUGGCGAAGUUCGGCAGCAUACAAUCUCCGUCGCCAUAGACGAUCUUUAACUGAAAAAAUAUCUCCACGUGAUGAAGGUCUUCGCACGGUUUGCGUUGCCCUUGAACCCCAUCGCAACAUGACCUGGCGUAACACUCCUUGCGUCAUGUCACCCAAACUAUCUUUUAUUUGCAUGAAAAACCCCAAUUGA